AUGGCUAUUCAAGAAGAAAAGAUUGAUCGUGCUCUUGAAUUGAUUGGUGUAUCUAAUGCCAAGAUCAAUCAAAUUAUGGUCAAGUUAUCAAUGAAUGCCCUUAAUGAAAAACAAACUCUUCAGCUUAUUUCUGAAGAAAAUAAGCAAAUGGAACAUAAGUUGGCUGAGGUAUUAUUGGGCUAUUCAACAUUAAGUCAACAACAUACAACAUCGUCGUUGGGUUCUCUCUAA